ACAGUGUUUCCAAUCCUUCCAUAUACCUUCUUCUCUAUCUAUUGUGUCCCUUUGAUGAGAGUGAGUCGUGAAAAAAAUGAACCCAAAAACCGACAAGGUUGUGAGAAGGACUACUAUGGUAGCCACUGUCACUGCUUCUUAUUUCCUUCUCACUGCUGACUAUGGUCCUGAACCCAAUGUCCUCGAUCCUAUUAAGAAGGCAAUACAAUCAGCAGAACGGUCUGUGAAAGAGUUCAUCUUUGGACCAGAAAAAUGAUUUCCAAGAAAGUGAGAGGCAACGGAGCAUUCGUGGAUUAUCAGAUGACUAAUUUUGUGUAGCAGAGCGUGGUUUUCUAGGAGGUUUUUUUUUCCUAAGCUGAAUUUGGGAAGGUUGUAAUGCAUAACGGUAGUUUGAACCCAGAAUUGUUACUCCUCUUUUGGAAAAUUUUUGAAUAUACAGAAGGUCUGCUCUCUUCGUGUGAAUUUAGAAGUCGAAUGAAUAUGUAGUGAAACAAAUUAUAUGAAUUACUUGUACAUGGUUGGCUGCUUAAAUAUGUUCUGUGUGUUCCUCUGAA